AUGGAAGCAUUCGUGACUGCACUCGAGAGUAAAGUCCUCGCCCGCGACGCCGAACGUGAAGAACGAAUGCAAGCUGUGAUUAACCUCUGUGAUCAAGAACAGGCAGAGAAAGACGAAGCCCACACAUCGGAGAUCCAAUGUUUGAAGACUGGCCUUGUAUCCAUGAACGAACAGGUCAAUGUCAAGAAGGUUCAUCAGCCGGGGAUAUCCAAGUCAUCCUUAGUUCGCUUAGUCGAGGGGUCUUAA